AUUAGUGGCUCAUGUUUCGAGUUAAUCGUCAUAAAAUCAUUAGCAAAAUGUAUCGAUUAUUUUUGGUGUUAUUCGUUUCGGUGAUAAUCGCUGAUAAUUCCGCAUCAGAGCACGAGUCAUCGAAAAAAAACGACAAUCCGUUAAUCCUAACCCCAUUGAUAAAAAAAAGGAGACAUCGAUUCAGCCAGAGAAAAAUCAAAAGUAGCUCCAUUGCUUCCCAACAUCUUCAGCCAUUCGGGAUACUUGACGGUAAACGAAACGACGAAUUCUAAUUUGUUUUUCUGGUUUUUCAAACAAUCGAGUUCAGAUUGGUCAUCACGUCCUGUGAUACUUUGGUUACAAGGAGGUCCCGGCUGUAGUUCUAUGUUCGGACUUUUCACUGAAAAUGGUCCUUUUCGAGUCAAACGUGGUAAACUGGUGAAAACCAGGUACUCGUGGACCAAUCAUUAUAACGUCUUGUACAUCGAUAAUCCAAUCGGUGCUGGGUUUAGUUUCACCGAUGGUUAUUAUGUUGCGAGUGAACGAGAAGUUGGUCAACAUUUAUUCGACGCGUUGACUCAGUUUUUCGCAUUAUUCCCGGAGCUUCGCGAAAAUAAAUUUUUCAUAUCGGGAGAAUCGUACGCUGGGAAAUAUCUUCCAGCUUUAGGCUACGAAAUAUAUAGUAGGAAUCCGAACAUGCCGUUUCCGAUAAAUUUAAAAGGUAUUUUUAUCGGGAACGGAUACAGUGAUCCGGAAAAUAUGAUGGAGUAUGCUGAGCAUCUUCAUAGACUCGGAUUGAUCGAUCGCAGAGAGAAGUUGAUACUGCAGCAAUAUGAAGAAGAUGCCAGAAUACUGAUUCGAAAUGCUCGAUGGGACAAUGCCGUCAAUGCUUCGAAUAAAGUUCGACAAUACGUUCGUAAAUUCAUUAAUUUUACAGUUUUGUAUGAUUAUACUUAUGAGAAUAAAUCCAACGAAGGCAAUUCAUACAUCGAUAUUAUAAACGACGACGAAUUCAGAAGAAAUAUUCAUGUUGGACGAACGGAAUUCUACUCAUGUUCUCUUCAGGUUUCUCUACACCUGAGAGAUGAAAUUUACCAAAGUAUUAAGCCACUAAUUGAAGAAUUAUUGGAAGUAUAUCCGAUAAUGUUCUUUAGCGGACAGUUGGAUAUUAUUGUAGCUCAUUAUUUGACCUCUGAUUUCAUCAACCAGCUGCAUUGGAGUGGAGCUGAUGGAUACAGCGAAGUGAAAAGAAACAUGUGGUACGUCAAUGAUCACUUGGCAGGUUAUUAUAAAACUUUCGGGAAUUUGAAAGAAGCCCUGAUUCGUGAUGCUGGGCAUAUGGUUCCUGUAAAACAUCCAUUGUAUUUGUUGGAUUUGCUGGGUAAAUUUGUUGAUGGUGAAAUUUAAUUCUAAGCCAAUUAAGUAGGUAUAUUAUACCUCGAAAGAGUAUUAAAACUUUUUUUUUUGUUGUUAGUUUAGGUAUUAA